GGACGGGAGCCGCCGCGCCAUGGAGCGCUCCGAGGCUUCCUGCUUCUCGGCGGCCUUGAGCUGCACCUUCCUCGCCUCCUGCCUGCUUUUCUCCGCGUUCAACCGGCAGCAGCGGGAGGCCUACAUGGACGAGGCCUUCCACGUCCCGCAGGCGCAAGCUUAUUGCGCGGGGCGAUUCCAGCAGUGGGAUCCAAUGAUCACCACAUUGCCCGGUUUGUACUUGCUGUCAGUUGGAAUCCUGAAGCCCAUAGGCUGGCUCUUUGGCUGGUCUGAAAGCAUCCUCUGCUCUACAGGAAUCCUCCGAUUCAUUAACCUGCUUUUCAGCAUUGGAAACUUCUAUUUAUUAUAUUUGCUCUUCUGCAGGAUACACCAUAAAAAGGCUGCCUCUGGAUUCCAGAGAAUCCUGUCAACCUUGACACUAGCAAUAUUUCCACCUCUUUAUUUUUUUACAUUCCUUUAUUAUACUGACACGGGGUCCACGUUUUUUACCCUCUUCGCCUAUUUAAUGUGUCUCUAUGGCAAUCAUAAAACCUCAGCAUGCCUUGGAUUUUGUGGGGUUAUGUUUCGCCAGACGAAUAUUGUAUGGACUGUCUUCUGUGGCGGAAGUGUUGUUGCAGAAAAACUAAGUGAAGGCUGGAAAGUGGAAUUACUGAAAAGCAAAGAGAAGAAAAACUUACCAACACAAAACAUCUUUUCAGAGUCAAUCAGGAUUGUUCGAUUUCUCCUUGGGUACUUUAUGUCACUUAAAAACUUCAGCAAUCUGAUUCUCUUGAUAUGGCCAUACAUUACUGUGAUAGUGUUAUUUGCUACUUUCAUUGUCCUCAAUGGCGGCAUCGUUCUUGGGGACAGGAGCAGCCAUGAAGCCUGCCUGCACUUCCCUCAGCUAUUUUAUUUUUUUUCUUUUAGUCUUUUUUUUUCCUUCCCUCUUCUAGUGACACCCGGUAAAUUUAUCAAUUUUCUCCAUUCUGUGAGGAUCUAUUUUCUGCGAUACAGUGUCCUCACAAUUGUUUCUUUAUUCCUCAUCUGGAAAUUUACUUAUGCCCAUAAGUAUUUGCUUGCAGAUAACAGACAUUAUACAUUUUAUGUGUGGAGAAAAAUCUUUCAAAGACAUGAGCUUGUCAAGUACUUAUUAGUUCCAGUUUAUAUAUUUGCUGGCUGGAGUUUCACAGAUGCACUGAAGUCAAAAUCUGUUUUCUGGAACUUAGUAUAUUUUGUAUGUCUCUUUGCAGUCACAGUUCCACAAAAGCUUCUAGAAUUCCGUUACUUUAUUUUGCCAUAUAUUAUAUACAGGCUUAAUAUUCCUAUGCCAUCACUUUUGAAACUUUUCUUAGAGUUGAUUAUAUAUAGUUUGGUGAAUGCAAUAACUUUCUAUCUCUUUUUGAACAAACCGUUUCACUGGCCAAAUAGUGAGGAAAUCCAGAGAUUUAUGUGGUAACAUUUUGGUUCCUAAAACCUGUUCUAGAGCUUUUUGUUACAAAUAAGAGGUUACCAUUUUAAAACUUCAUCAAGGAAAAUGAAGUAUUCUGGAUGUUUUUGUAUUGGAAGAAAUGUGAAAUGUGUAGGGUUUUUGGAUUGUUUUUAUAUAAGGGCACCAUCAGUAAUUCUUAAAAGAUCAGGGAAAUUAUUUUACCCAUAUUCCCAAAAUAAUGUGAAUGUAAUGGACAUUUUGAUUAUACUACAGAAAUCAUAAACCUUGACUGUUUUCAUUGUAUUUCUGUACACAUGUAUCAAGUAAUUGAAAAUAAGUUUGAUUUGAUGCCAUUCAAUUAUUAUACUGUCUUUUUACCGAUUUUGGGUAAUAUUGUUUUGUGCUUCUGUGACAUUUAAUUUUUUUAUAAUAUUUGGGGUCCAGGGAUACAGGUAAAAAGUCACACAAUUAUCAGUUUAUUGCAACUAAUGUGCUUCAGUUUAAGGCUGAAAUCUUGAAUAUUUUCCUGGCAGGAAACUUUCAAUCAGUGGGGCUAUGUAGAAAUAGAUAGGAUUAUAAUGUGAGCAAGGAACAAAUUGAUUAUGAGCUAAAGAACCAUACUUAAAUCACAUAUCAUGGGCAAAUAUUGUAUAAUAUACUUGAUUUGUUAAUCGCUGAAAGAACUUCUAGAUACCACAGGUUGCUAUAUUGAGGACAUAAAUAAAUUUGUAGCCUCAGCAUAAAUCAUAAGUCUUUACAGGGCCUGUUGUUAUUAUUAACCAAAUAUCAGUUCUCAAUGAUAUAAGAUGACAGUUCUGCUGAUUGAUUUUGUUAUCAACGUAAUGUCAAACUAUGGCAGUUAAAAUGUGUUUUUUUUAAUAAAACCUGAGAUUUUUUCAUUCUGCAUGCUAAAUGCCAAAAAAUAAAAACCAAAUCAGUGUUCCUUAUAUUUAAGGGCCAUGAUACUUGAGGUGAAGCAUGCUUAUGUGAAAACAAAUAUUUAGAACUGUACUCAAUAAGAAUUCUUAGCAAUGAAUAAGGUAAAAUAAAUAUAGUUUUUCAUCACAAACCAAAUAUUAACACAAUUGUGUUAAUAAGCAAUAAAUGAUAGACUUUGUUUUA